GGUAGGGUUCGUUGUCCAGUGCCAUGACAACAGCCGAAGCCGUGGGAGGGAGGCCGGGCCUACCCCCUUGCAGUGAAAGAAGAUGUCCUUGUUUAAAGCCCGAGAUUGGUGGUCCACCACGCUAGGAGAGCAAGAAGAAUUUGAUCAAGGGUGUCUGUGUGUCGCCGACGUCGACAAUAGUGGAAGUGAAAACAAUAAAAUAAUCGUGGGCAGUUAUAUGGGUUACCUCAGAGUCUUUUCCCCCCGUCCUGUGAAAACAGGAGAAGGAGCACAAGCUGAAGAUUUGCUCUUAGAAGUAUAUUUACAAGACCCAAUUCUGCAAGUGGAAGUGGGGAAAUUUGUUUCUGGCACUGAACUGCUUCAUUUGGCCGUGCUUCAUCCUAGAAAAUUGUGCGUGUACUCCGUUUCAGGUACUUUGGGUAAUGUGGAACAUGGGAACCAGUAUCAAGCCAAGCUUAUGUAUGAACACCAUCUUCAGCGAACAGCCUGCAAUAUGACUUAUGGAUCAUUUGGCGGCGUGAAAGGUCGAGAUUUAAUCUGCAUUCAGUCGAUGGAUGGGAUGCUUAUGUUGUUUGAACAAGAGAGCUAUGCUUUUGGCCGAUUUCUACCUGGAUUUCUUCUACCCGGCCCUCUCACUUACAAUUCCCGAACAGAUUCCUUCAUCACUGUUUCUUCUUGUCGACAAGUUGAGAGUUACAAGUACCAAGUGCUGGCAUUCGCAACAGAUGCAGAUAAGAGGCAGGAGACAGAGAGGCAAAAACUCGGUUAUGGAAAGAGACUGGUGGUGGAUUGGACUUUAAACAUUGGGGAGCAGGCCCUGGAUAUACGAAUCGUCUCCUACAGUCAGUCGACUUCCUCUAUUUUUGUUCUUGGGGAGAGAAACUUCUUUUGCCUGAAGGAUAAUGGACACAUUCGAUUCAUGAAGAAACUUGAUUGGAGUCCAAGUUGCUUCCUCCCAUAUUGCUCAGUGUCCGAAGGAACAAUAAACACUUUGAUUGGAAACCAUAAUAACAUGCUGCAUGUUUACCAGGACGUGACACUGAAGUGGGUCACUCAGCUUCCACACAUUCCUGUGGCAGUAAAAGUGGGCUGUUUGCAAGAGCUCAAAGGGGUGAUUGUGACGCUGAGUGAUAACGGCCAUCUGCAGUGCUCCUACCUUGGAACCGACCCCUCUCUGUUCCAAGCUCCAAAAGUGGGGUCUAGGGAAAUAAACUAUGAAGAGCUCGACGUGGAAUGGAAAGCACUACAGAAAACCAUCAAGGAAGUUUCCAAAACCCAAGGUACUUUACCCCCAGCUAAGAAAGAAGAUGAUUUGGCUAUUGUUGCCAUGGUUUCACCUAGCCUGGAUGCAAUUUCGCAAGCCUUUGAGAGCAAGGUGGAUAUGGAGAGUGUCCCGUCUGUUACAGUGAAGGUCAUCCUGCAGAGCCGGGUGGCACUGAAGAAGCCCAAGUUAUCCGUCUGCGUUCCUCCUCCAUUAGCGCUGACCCACGAUCACUUCAUCUUUGAUUCCAUGGAGCCAGAGAUAUCUAAAACAGUAGCCCUAUCCGUCUUUCUGAAGGGAAAUCACCCACCAGCAGAACUGGAAGGAUGUGCUUUAGUCUCGUACAGCACACCGACAGAUCUCAAUCCUGAUGGUAUCCCUCGAGUUCUCCAAUGCAAAUUUCGCCUGCCCCUCAGGUUAAUAUGCUUUCCAGCCCAACCUUCCAAAACUGCAACCUACAAAGUAACCAUUGAUACCAACAAACCUCCAGCGAAUCUUUUCAAUCUCUUCCCAGACUUUGCCGACGGGUCAGACGAUGAUCAGGUGAACGUGCUGGGAUUUCAUCUGAUAGGUGGUUCCGUAGUCACCCUUCUCGCUUCCAAGACUUCUCAACGAUAUAGAAUCCAGAGUGACCAGUUUGAAGACCUGUGGCUGAUAACGGAAGAGCUUACUCUUCGUCUUAAACAGCAUUUUGAGAAGCAGGAAAUGAAAGAUUUUACAUGUUCCUUUUUUGGGACUGUUCCUCUCCAAGAAUUCUUCGAAUCAAUUGAUCACCAUUUUGAGCUGCGGCUGAAUGGUGAAAAAUUAGAAGAACUGUUGUCAGAAAGAGCCGUACAGUUCAGAGCCAUUGAACGUCGACUGCUGACAAGAUUCAAGGAUAAAACUCCCGCUCCUCUCCAACACCUGGAUACCCUGUUGGAUGGAACAUACAGGCAGGUAAUAGCUUUAGCAGAUGCGAUGGAGGAAAACCAAGACAAUCUGACCCAGGCAUUCACCAAAUUGAAGAGCACCACCCAUCUGAUGAUCCUGCUGAUUGGGCUGUGGCAGAAGCUCAGUGCUGACGAAGUUGCUAUUUUGGAAGCAGCGUUUUUGCCACUACAGCACGACUCUCAAGAGCUGGGUUGGGAAGAAACUGUGGACGCUGCCAUCUCUCACCUGUUGAAAACAUGCCUAUCCAAGAACUCAAAGGAACAGGCCUUGAACCUCUCCGGCCAACUGAUCAUGCCCAAGGACACGAAUCGGUUGAAGAAACACAUCACCUUGCUCUGCAACAGGCUAGCCAAAGGAGGCCGCCUCUGCUUGAGUUCCGACACCGCGGCUCAGCCGACCGCUCUCAUGCCAGGUAGCUGUGCGACCAUCCCAGAGUCAGACCUAGAGGAGAAACUUCUGGAACAGGACCCCCAAGCUGUAUUUACCAACUCCAAGCACCCCAGUCCACAGAACCCCAUUCCAGAGGAAAGUCGGCUUCCAGACGAUUAGGGCGUGGACGGAGGCUCCUUCAGCAUCGCUGUGCUCCACAGUGAGCCGACCGCCGAACCCGGUUCCCGUGGGAGAGCGCGUCAUGUCCGGGCGCGGACGGGCUGAAGAACCGUAACCAAAAAAAAAUCUGCUAAUCAACACAUCUGUUGUUCACAGAGUUGUUCACAGACGGGCUGAAGAAUCGUAACCCCCCAAAAAUCAGCUAAUCAACGCAUCUGUUGUUCACGGAGUCUUAAAAUGGAGUGAUCACGGAGUGAUAAUGGCUCAAGUUGAGUGGUUUUGCUUUAUUUCAAUAAAAUUGUAUUUUUGA